AUGAAGUUGCAAAUAGUUUUAGUUACGUGCGGUUUAUAUCUGUCCACUGUGCGCGCCAAUAUGUUCCUAAAAGCGGAUGAAUACUCCAUGGAAAGCGAGCAUGUCCCUUCUGUGGAAACAGAAAUCACAUUAGAAAAGAUUUUAGAGGGGAAUACAGAGGGAGUGGUUUUAAACAGCGAAGCUCUAGAUGCUGCAAAAGACAAGAGGACGGCAGAAAGGCCAAAGAGGCAGAAACAAAAAGUGCACACGCACGAAAACAAGAAGGACAAGAUAGAGAGCGUAAAAAGGGGCUUUUUUCAAACUAUUUCCAAGAAGUACGAAGAAAUUGUAAAGAAGCUAGCACAAAAUAGCAGUGCGAACGAAAGGGGAAAUUUGCUUGACUUAUUUGAUGAAAAAUAUGCUCCUUGGUUUCUUCUGCUCAGCUUCAUGCUGGGCUGCAACAUGGUUAUGUUUGGAAUAAGGCACCAGCUGUUCAACAUUUUCAUAAUAACCAGCAUACACGCGUUCAAACACAUAUACACGCAGUAUGUGCAGAAGCUGUUUGACAGCCACGUGUUCCUAGAUGCGCUGAGCUCGGAGAAACUCGAGUGGAUUAAGCCAUACAUACUGCACGAGAGGUUUAGGCUGGCGGCGUGCGGGCUUGUGUGUCUUUUUCUUUCUUCUGUUAUAUGCUGGGCCAUAAACACAGCGCUGAGAACAGUUGUUUUUCUGGGGUUUAUAUACGCGCUUGGGUAUUUUCUCAUGCAAGAGAAGAUAGUUGCCUUGUCUGGAAUGAGAAAAAUAUCUCUUCUAGUCAUUCUUUUGGUCGGCUCCUUUAUACUGAACAGGAUUCUGUACAAGCGAAUAACCCGAUACAUGCUCAUACUAACAUUUGGGUUCUAUGGAGCGCUGCUGAUCCUUUUGCCGGCGUCUGAGGUGCUAAACAUAGGGCUUACUAUUCCUAGCCUGGUUCUAAGCUACACCACCUGUGUGAAGGAGAGCGACAUUUCGCUAAACGAAGAGUAUGCAUACAUUGGAGUGCUGAUGGUGGUGUCUAUCAUUCUGCAGGCCCAGACCACAAAAAAGAAAAGCAAAUAA